UCGAUUCGAGGCACUAUGGAACAUCAGUUGAAUAGCUGAACUUAAACGAGACACUUAUAUAUUAGCAAGAAGAAGAAAAAGCAUUAAAAAUAAAAAACAAAGACAUUUUGUUCUUAAGUAAUACAAAGAACUAUAAAUUUAAAUUGAAGCUAAAUAAGAAUUCUUCGAAUACAAAAAUCAAUACAAAAAAAUGAAAUUUUUAAUUUUUGUUGCAUUGCUUGCUAGCACUUGCGUUUCACUUAACGCAGAAGAGGUUUGCCAUAAUAACGUAGUGAGAGCUUGCUCAACAUCUACGCUCUCUGCUUUAACCGGAAUGUUUGCUACUGAGACUGAGAGUCCUUCAAUUUGUAAUGCACGUUAUGGCGGUAUCAGUCAUGUUGAGCCUGAAUUACAAGCUUAUAUUAACUCGCAUUUGACUAAAUCGUACGAAUAUUUACUUUUGGCGACACACUUCAAUUCUUAUCAGAAGAAUCGUCCAGGCUUUCAAAAAUUAUAUCAGUCUCUUUCUGAUCGUUCAUUUGAUGACACUAUUGACAUGAUUAAGCAACUGACGCGUCGUGGUGGUAGAGCUGAUUUUAAUACACGCCACGAAAGUCCUGCUUCUGUAAGCACACAACAACAGCGUUUGGAAGUUGAUGAACUGCAUUCGUUGGCCAUGGCUUUGGAUAAUGAGAAACAAUUGACUACCGGUGCUAUUCACGUACAUACCCAAUCGUUGCAUGCUGCCCGUGAUCCAGAGACUGCCCAAUAUAUUGAAGAGAAAUUUUUGGGUUCUCAAGCCGAAACUAUACGCAAAUUAUCUGGUUACGCCAACGAUUUAUCUAAAUUAAUGAAUCAGCCAGAUCCCUCUUUGGCCAUUUACCUAUUCGAUGAGUACUUGCAAAAGCAAUAAAUUUUUUCAACUAUGGUGGGAGGGACAUGGAGGGCUUUUCAGAAAAUUUUUCUUCUCUCGUAAAAAUAAUAGCUUUCCUAUCUGCGCCUAGCAUUUAGUUUAUUAAAUUUUUAUUUUUCUUUUUGCCGCAUCUGAGGUUUUUUCAUUUUUAUAGUAUUAUAAU